CAAGCAGAAGACGGCAUACGAGCUUUUCAAAGUGCCACCGAGGAGAUCGAUCGUGCCAUUAAUAAGACGCUGUCGUCUCUCUUUAAUCCCGACGGCUCAUCCAAACACGUUAAUCCGUUCCGGCUGGCACGAUUUCCGAACGCGAUUGGACGCGCAGCUGCUAGACCCGCCGAGCUCUUCGAGAGGACUCUCGUCAACAUCCGACGUAUGGUGGAUGCCGGCAGUAAGGCAAACGUCACUGAUGAAUUUCGUUACGAGGAAAUCUUAACACCUGAACAGGUCCAAGAAAUCGAACGAUUGUCGGGAUGCACCGGUCAUAGACGUCGGCAGAAUUGCACCAAUAGAUGUUUCCAUCACAAAUAUCGGACCAUAGACGGCAGUUGCAAUAAUCUGCGCCAUCCUACUUGGGGCUCAUCACAUACGGGAUUCCGAAGAGUACUACAUCCUGUCUACGAGAAUGGUUUCUCGAUGCCAAUCGGUUGGGAGAAAGGACGACGCUACUACGGUUAUCCGAAGCCCGCUGCACGCCUCGUGUCGACCACGCUCAUCUCAACCCACGACAUUACGUCGGAUGAACAGAUCACCCACAUGGUGAUGCAGUGGGGUCAGUUUCUAGAUCAUGAUCUCGAUCACGCGUUACCGUCGGUGUCGAGCGAAUCGUGGGAUGGAAUAGAUUGCAAAAAGUCUUGCGACAACGCCGCGCCUUGCUUCCCGAUGGAAGUGCCGCCAGGUGAUCCGCGCAUCAGCAACAGGCGUUGUAUCGACUUUGUCAGAAGCAGCGCCGUCUGCGGUUCCGGCGCGACUAGUAUACUAUGGGGGGGCAACCUGACACCUCGGGAACAGCUGAAUCAGCUCACUAGCUACCUGGACGCAUCGCAAGUCUAUGGCUACGACGACGAGUUGGCGCACGAUCUGCGCGAUCUCACGACGGAUCGUGGAUUGCUCCGGGAAGGUCCCACGCUUCCCGGUCACAAGCCUCUACUGCCCUAUGCGUCCGGCCAGUUUGUCGACUGUCGUAGGAAUCCACUGGAGAGUUCGAUCAAUUGCUUUGUAGCCGGUGACAUUCGCGCCAACGAGCAAGUCGGCCUGCUAGCCAUGCAUACCAUAUGGCUGCGCGAGCACAACCGCAUCGCUCGCGCGCUACGCGAGAUGAAUCCACACUGGAACGGCGAGAAGCUAUAUCAGGAAGCGAGACGUAUCGUCGGCGCCGAGAUGCAGCACAUCACUUAUCGGCACUGGUUGCCGCGGAUAUUUGGACCGGCGAUCGACGACUUUUUGUCGUCGUACCGAGGCUACGAUCUCAAUAUCGACGCCAGCAUAUCCAACGUUUUCGCUACCGCCGCUUUGCGUUUUGGUCAUUCGCUCAUUCAGCCACGUCUACAGCGCCUGAACGCGUCCUUCCAACCGAUUCCUCAAGGUCCUCUCGAUCUGCGAGAUGCCUUUUUUGCGCCCUGGCGACUAGUGGAGGAAGGUGGCGUCGAUCCGCUGAUCCGGGGUAUGUACGCCACGGCGGCGAAACUGAAGCUGCCCGAACAGAAUCUCAAUGUUGAGCUCACCGAGCAGUUGUUCCGUACCGCACACGCGGUUGCGCUGGACUUGGCGGCGAUGAAUAUCCAGCGAGGAAGAGAUCACGGGCUUCCCGGCUAUCUAGAGUGGCGCGAUUAUUGCAACAUGUCGCGCGUGGAAACGUUCGAACAUUUGGCUAACGAUAUCAACAGCGGUCGAGUGCGGCAGAAGCUGCGCGAAUUGUAUGGCCACCCAGGCAAUAUAGACGUCUGGGUUGGUGGUAUUCUCGAGGAUCAGUUGCCGGGGAUGAAAGUCGGACCGCUGUUCAAAUGUCUUCUAUUGGAGCAAUUCCGGCGAACCCGGGACGGCGAUCGGCUCUGGUAUGAAAAUCCGAGCGUCUUUCGCGCGGAACAGCUCGCACAAAUCCAGCAAGUGUCGCUAGCCAGAAUCUUG